GCCGCUUUAGUUUACGCGGUUGUAUUUUGUUUCCUGCUUGUAGUAGUGGUGGUGGAGCUUCUGUUCUCUAUUGUUUGAUCAUGAAGUAAACUCUAAUUGGGUUUAGGAUAAACCUCUGCGUUCAUGGAAACUUCUUGUAAAACAUCAUCCACCACGGGACGUGAUAUGGAUGUGGAGGGAGCAACAGGAGUCAAAGGUCAUGGUCAAGCUGCCUCUGACAUCAUCUCUCUGCCGUCCUACGCCGAGUACCCCUCCACCCGGCCACUCCUCAACACCCGCCUCCCCGCCGGCCCUCGCCCAAUCACAGCCUUCCCUGAGAGCAGCAGUGCAGCCAUCCUCUCUGCUCUGAGGAACCUGCAGGAGAAGAUCCGCCGGCUGGAGCUGGAGAGGAGUCAAGCCCAACAGAACCUGCACGAGCUCAACCAGGAGCACACACACACACACAACAGCACAGAGCUGGAGUGCCAGUUGGCAGCAGCUGAGUCUCGUUGUCGGUUGCUGGAGAAACAGCUGGAGUACAUGAAGAAGAUGGUCCGCAAUGCAGAGAGUUCUAGAACGUCUUUACUUAAACACCAGGUGUCAUUGGAGAGGUCGGGGGUGGUGGAGCAGGAGGAGGUUCGUCAGAAACUGGAGAAACUGGACAUGCUGGAACAAGAAUACCAGAGACUAACACACACACAGAACCACGCAGAGAGUAAGAUCCGCGAGAUAGAGAAUAAACUUCUGGAAGAAGAACACCACAGGAAACUGAUGCAGGAUAAAGCAGCUCAGUUACAGACAGGUCUGGAGGCCAAUCGUAUCCUGCUUCAGGCAGUGUCGCCACGCCCACGCAAGUCAGCAAAGCCCAAGAAGAAGAAGAAGAAGGCUUUGCGGCAGCAGGAGUCUCCUUCAGAGCCCCACUACAGGCUCAGUCUCAGAGAUGUACCAUUUGUCACGGGAACGUCCACAGGCGUGAGUCACUCGGUGCGUGCUAACGUCCAGCACGUCCUGCACCUUCUGAAGCAGCACCACCGGCAGCUGUGCAACAGCAGCGUGCUUGGGGCUACGCCAUUGGCUGCCUCCAGCGCCCGUCCCCACACAGCAGCCAAUGGGAAGAGCUUGUCAGGGCAGCACAGCAGUAGCUCCUCCUCUUCCUCUUCCUGUGAGGAUCUGUCAGAGCUGCUGGCGGCCCUACAGGACGAGUUUGGACACAUGAGCCUAGAGCAUCAGGAGUGUGUGCGGCGACUGCAGCGUUGUGAUGUGAGCAGUGUGCGGAUGGAGCUGGAGAGGCAGCAGGAGAGGAUGCUGAAGAAGAUGGAGGACAAGGGGGAGCAGAUCGCCACGCUGCACAGACACCAGGCCCAGGUGGAGCGGUUGCGGAGGGAGUGCCGUGGGAGGAGGGUGAAGGGUGGGGAGGUGCGGGUCGUUACCACGGUCACAGGGGGAGUCCCCUCCAGGGUCGUUGGGCCCAAAUCGCCACGGCGACCGGGAGAACGCUCCCAAGACAGCCUUCGCCUGCUCAAAGACAUGCGGUCAUUACAGAGCUCCCUGCAGACACACUAACACACACACACACACACUAACACACACACUCACACUAAAACCGCUUCAGCCUGCUCAAAAAGACGUGGCUAUUCCAGACACACACACUUAUCCCAGAGUCUGUGUGCUGUGCGUUUGUUUUUGUUGAAGAGAUGAAGAUGUGCUUGUGUCCGCUACCAUGACACGGAGAUCGCUGUUACUCUGGGAUGGUAGGGACCACUGAGAUCCCCUUUUUGAUGGACACAUUGUGUUACGUACGUGCGUAAACUGGUGUGGUUGUGUGUGUGUGCAUGUAAUGACAUUGGACCUGCCUGUAUAAAGUAAACUGGUGCGCGUGUUGUCACCUGUGUGUGUGUGUGUGUGUGUGUGUGUGUGUGUUUACUGCGUACUGCCUGUAAAGUAAACUGGUGCAUGUGUUGUCACCUGUGUGUGUGUGUGCGUGCGUGUGUGUGUGUGUUUACUGCCCACUGCCUGUAUAAAGUAAACUGGUGCUGACUAUCUGAGCUUUUAAAAUAAAGUAUUUAUUUUUUACA